CGUUGGACAGGACAAGACCUUCAAAUCAUUGAUGGUACUUCUUUAAAAUAUACGAUGUCCUCCAUUUGAAGCAUCUUUCAUUGAAAAGGAAAUAUGAGAAUUUAAAAAUCAGUUUGUUAUACAAACACGUUCGGAUCAAUAAAUAGCAUUGAUAUGAAUCUUAAUCGAAAGCCAAUAAAUUUUGUAAGGAUAUGUUUUGACAUAAGCUUGUUUUAUUAGUAGAAUAUAGUUUCACAUCACAGAAUGUUACUACCACUUAUCUGUUCCGAGAGAAAGCUUCAAACAGAAAUGGACCUUCAACCAUGGAAUUCAUUAUAUACACACUCUGCGUUAUUGGAUUUCUGAUAAUAAUGGGAUUAAGCCAUUUUGUUCGUUCUUACCGAAAACAAUCUUCAAUUAACAUACCAAGGGAAAAUGAAGGAGAAGGUAUAGGAAUGAGACAAGAAAGAGUUGAACCACCAUACAUUGAAAUAUACGAUGAAAUUGACGAGCACUUAAUGGGAGAGGACAAGAGUGACACCGCAGUAACACCACAAUUAAGGAAUAUCAAUGCAACUGUAUCAAAGGCUCGUACUGAUAAAACAACAAGUAGUCACGAUGAUACCUCAAGUUAUCUUGAUCCAUGUUUUGCAGUGGAUGAAACUGAAAAUAAAAGUUCAUCUAAGGAAUCCAGUUCAAGUAAUUCCUCGAACUUUGACCUUGUCAUUCCAGAUCAUGCAGGAUAUCUCAAUCCCUACCAACCUCUUCGUGAAAGGCAACUAAUAUCAGAUGGCUAUGAAGUUACGGUUCAUGUUCAUAAAAAUUCCGAGAGUUCGUCUGGAUCCGAGUCGUCGGAAGAAAGGAGUUCUAGUUAUAAAUAUUCUCACGUUUAUCAACAAUUGCAAAAAGAUCAAAGUUUUAAUAAACAUGAAUAUGAAAAGGCAACAAAAACGAAUGAAAUGUAUAUUGAUUUAAACGAGAAAACUGAGAUACAGGACUGUGGAAAUAAAGUAUGUACUGACAGUGAGGACAAAGAGUCCAACAAUUUGCUAAAUAAAACAGAAACCGAUGGAAUAAAUAAUGGAAAAGGAUUGUUAAAUGAACAAACAAUAGGGGAUGCUUGUAGUGGAAUUUCAGAGAAAUCACUAAAUGAAGACAACGAUAACCUUGACUACACUGAUAAAUCACUAAACACAGAUAAAAAUCAAAUGGUUUAUGCCGGGGAGUGCGACGAACACGUUCAACAUUUCGAUAUUGUGACUGAUUAUUUAGAUAUGCAAGAUCCUGUAAAUACAGGAACAAUAUAACCAACAGCCAGAUCUACGUUUUAUUUAUCAUCACAUUUUCAUGAUAAGACAAAUUAAAAUGUAUCGUUGUGUUAUACACUGUAAACCGUAUCAUACCUUGAUGUAACAUCAACUUUUAUAAAGGACAUUUUAUGUUGUUUAUUAAUGUAAAGAUUUAAAGGUAAUAUAAUCCUUUAUGAAAUUGAGUUGCAAAAAUCCAUUAAACUGACUGUUCAGUUGUGUCAUUUGUAUGUAUGACAUCUACGUUACUUUAGACUGAUAUAUAUCAUUUAAGCAUAUCAUGGCGUUUGAAUAGAUUUGAAGAGCAAACAUACCUAAUCACCUAUUUAAAAACUCACAGAAAAGUAAAAUCAAAUCAUUUAUUUCAGCAAAAUUU